AUAUUAUAAAUCAAUCGUCACCGAAAUAAAUAAAAAUGGCGGUGCUGACGAAGAAGACUUUAUUCUAUCAAAUAAUUUUUAUUUUAUUUUUAUUUGUUACAACUGCGUUUGGUAGAAUUCAUAAAAUCACAAGUAAACAUUCAAAUGACUGCAAAAGAACUCUGACAAGAUUUGGAUUUCUGAAAGAUGGAUUCCUUCACGUUAAGUUUGAUUUGCUUCCGAAAUAUAAUAUGGAAGGUCGAAUGGGGUUUUUACUUACCAGACAUCUAACAUCAACUAAAAGUGGAGAAAUAGAACAAAAGAUGUCAUGUGGAACUAAUGAAACAGGUGGUAAAAGUAUGUGCUUUAGCGAGAAGAUUCCCCAGCAGACAAAUUCUUCGAAACUAUGGUUUUUUGAAUUUCAUAAAAAAGCAUUACGAAUAGACAGAUAUGGAAAUAAUUUUAAUGACUUAUAUAUAACAACUUGGAAUGAAAGCAAAUUUGAAUAUAAUUGGAGAAAAUUUAACAUGAAUACACAAGAAUUAAAGAAUUUAAGUUGUUCUGCUACACCAACUGCUGUGAAAGAUGGUAUUUGUAAUAAUAGUAUUCCUAUUACUGAUGUAGAAUUACAUCCUCAAGUGCAGUUUCUCAUACCUAUUAACGGUAAAGGGGAAGGAUAUUAUGGUUUAUACUUUUGUAAUGCAAGAGAUAUAUCUGUUAACUACACGGUUUAUUUGAUUGAAAAGAAUUCUCAGGGUUAUCUUAGUGCCAGUGAAAUUCCCCUGCCCACAGAAUUCUUUGUCUUUAGUGCUAUAUACUUUAUUCUUUCAACUUUUUAUUUGAUCUACUUGAAACGAUCUAAGGAAGAUGUAUAUAAAAUUCACUACUGUAUGACUGGACUUGGCUAUGUAAAAUGUAUUGCUAUACUAUUCCAUGGUUUAAACUAUCUUAUCAUCCUAAGAGAUGGACACCAACAAUUAGCUUUUUCCGUCCUAUAUUACAUCACUCAUCUGAUGAAAGGAAUAUUUCUGUUUGGCACUAUAGUGUUUAUCGGUGCUGGUUGGACUUUUAUCAAGUUUGUUCUGUCAAAUAGAGAGAAAAAAGUUUUCCUGAUCGUUAUCCCAUUACAAAUACUAAAUAAUUUCGCCUAUAUAAUGCUAGAAGAAACCGAUAAAGUCGAUGAUAGCUCAAGAAUGUGGAAGCAAAUCAGCAUAUUUGUCGACUUAUUGUGUUGCAUGGCAAUUCUCUUUCCCGUUGUCUGGUUUGUUAAAAAUAACAUAACCUUUUGCGCAAAAACGAUUUUAAAUAAUAUAUACUAAAAAAUUAUAUUACGAUUAUAGGUCUAUUCAUCAUCUAACUAAGGCAGCAAAGACAGACGGAAAAGCUAUUAUCAAUUUGAAAAAAUUAAAAAUGUUUAGAAAAUUUUACCUUUUGGUUAUCUGCUAUAUAUACUUUACCAGAAUAAUCGUUUAUUGUCUGUUGGUUGUACCUUUUAGGCAUGAAAAAUGGAUUUUUAAUUUAUGCAGAGAAUUGGGCACUUUUGUUUUCUUUAUUAUUACUGCUUAUACAUUCAGACCGACUUCGAAUAACCCUUACCUGCAGGUAAUAAAACAGAAAGUCAUAUGAUUAACAUAUCAUUAUUACAAUAUAAUAGUGAUAACGGUGGUUUUAAAAAAUAAUUUUUAUAGGUGCCUGAUGAAGAGGAAGAAAUGCAGGAGGUGUAAGUAAAAAAAAAGAUAUAUUAAUGAUAAUAUUUAACAUAAAAAAAAAUUAACAUUUUCAAUGAUUCUUAUAUUAUUCAAUCGAAUAUUCAGAUUGACAACACCUGGCGCAUAUGACAACUUAAAAAAAGUAAAUAUCAAAGAAAAAUCCACAGACGAUAACGUUGAAAUAAAGCAGAGGGAAAUUUCUCAUGAUUUAGACUAGUCAAUAAAAAGAAAAGGAAAAACUUUUGAUACAAAAUAUUUAAAAGAAACAAAAAAUAAAAAUUAAAUAUUGCAUAUUUUUUAUUUGUACAUAGAAAGUAGUUAUUUUAAUUUAUGUUUUUCAAACAAUAAACUCAUACUUUGACGACAGCG